ACCGACUGACUGGCUGCAAUCCGGCUGCCAGCGUCACAGCCUCGACGCACGCAAGGGAGAGGACGCAGCUUAAAAGGGAGGCUGCAGCUGCAGCGCAGCCGAGCGCACGAGGCCGCCAUUCGCCCAUUCCCUCCCUCCUCUCGCUCCACCGCGCCCGUGCCGCUUCUCUCCCUUCUCGCCGUGGAGAUCCCAUCCGACGGGAACGACGUGGAUUCCUUCCUUCUUCCGCUGCUCCAUGGCUUGACUUUGGUCGUCGUCGCUGUUGUUCUUGGGCGCUCAAGAUCGACACACAACUGGACACCAUAAUCGUUUUGGCCGAUCGCGUUCGAGGAGGAAGACGCGGCCGGCAAACCGCUGGUGGUGCGGCGCGGCGCGGCGCGGGUGUGGCCGCCGCACACUGUUUGCACGGCGGGUAACUUCGCGGACGCUGCCGCCGCGGACACUCCCUAGCCUGUGGCUGUCAGUUACUACCUGGCUGCUGCAGCGCGAUCGAUCUACGGCCAGGAAACACUACUGAGAGAGAGAGAGAGAGAGAGAGAGAGCAGCGUGACUAGCAGUAGCGGAAACUGAAGAUGCUGGCAUGCAUCGCGUGCUCCUCCAAGGGAGGCGGGGAGGACGGCUCCCGUGCCGCUGCCACGCCUAACGGCAAAGAUGCCGUCAAGUCUCUCACCUCACAGCUCAAGGACAUGGUGCUCCUCAAGUUCACCGGCUCCAGCAAGCAUCAUCACUACAAGGGGGCGGGCAGGACCCCGUCGUCGUUCAGGAGCGGUGGGGGUAGCUACCGCCGCCCCUACCCCGGCUUCAUCGACGACACCAGCUUCACGCCGGCGGCGAGCAAGGUUCCCGGCGAGGACUAUUACCCCAGGACCGGAUUGGCAGCGGCAGGCGGCAAGGAUACGUUGGACGUGACCAAGAGGCAAGUAGGCAAGAGCCCCGGCGGUAGCGGCUGGAUCCCGAGCGCAGAGGGUGAGGCGGCCGCCGACGUCGCUGUGGAGGAGGCUGAUGAUGUGCCCAGGGAGUGGACGGCGCAGGUGGAGCCCGGCGUCCAGAUCACCUUCGGCAGCAUCCCCGGCGGCGGCAACGAUCUCAAACGUAUCCGCUUCAGCCGGGAGAUGUUCAACAAGUGGGAGGCGCAGCGGUGGUGGGGCGAGAACUACGACCGCAUCGUGGAGCUCUACAACGUGCUGACGUUCAGCGGCCGGCAGCAGGGGUGCUCCACCCCGAUGUCCUCCGUCGACGACUCCGUGCUGAGAGAGUCGUCCUACUCCCAUGGCGGCUCGACGAGCAGGGGCAGCCCGAUCACAACGGCGCUGCCUCCUCCACCUCCUCCUGCUCCGGCGGCGGCGAGCAAAGAGCCGAUCGCCCGGAGCGCGUCGUGCAAGGGAACGCCGGGGUCCACGCCUGCGGCGCCGUACGCGGCCGCGCCGUCCACCAGGGCGGCGUACUACCCGUCCGCGGCCGUGCCCGACCCGUCGGACCACGUCUGGGCGCACCACUUCAACAUGCUCAACUCCGCGGCGGCGGCUGCCGGCACGUCGGCGAUGGGCGGCGGGGCGGCCUCGUUCUACGACCCGUCGCGCGCCACCACCUCGUCCCGGGACGAGGCCUCCGUGUCGCUCAGCAACGUGAGCGACCUGGAAGCGAUGGAGUGGAUCGAGGAGAUCGAGCCGGGCGUGUGCCUCACCAUCCGCGAGCUCGGCGACGGCUCCCGCGAGCUCCGCCGCAUCCGUUUCAGCCGGGAGAGGUUCGGCGAGGAGAGGGCCAAGGUGUGGUGGGAGCAGAACAAACAGAGGAUACAAGCGGAGUUUCUGUAGCGAGAGACGACAGAGAAAUCAAUGCAAAAUUGCAGGCUCUGAUGGGAUAAUCAAACGUGUUGGGGGGAUAUUAGAUAUUAGGGAGAUAAUACCGCUAUACGUGGCGAAAAGAGUGUGAAGGGUGAAAGAAACAGGUGAUGCUACUUGGCUUUGGCUAAGCGUGUACAUGGAGCUUCGUUGGUUCAACUUGGGUAUCUAGGUGGAUACGUGCUUACUCUCUCAUUCAGUUACCUUGUUAUGCAGAUUUUGGUUCCUUCCGUCGGUUAAAUUGGUUUAAACUUUGUCCAUUUUCUUGCUUGGGUUUAUGUAAGUAGUCCUCAUUUUGUUGUGGGUGAAAAUAUAUGAUGGCAGAUGGUGGUGGGGUUUCUGAGUAA